CGUUUGCGACGUCAAGGCAUGAGCGGGCAUGAGCGACAACAGACAACACAACACAACACAACACAACACAACACAACAGCUAAACGACACAACACAACACAACACGAGACUAGUGCAGCCGCAAACACAACACAACACAACCGCCACAAAAUGGGCAAACACGGUCACCGUGUAAACAAAACUACGACCCAACUCGCUGAUCAACCUAGGGCAGCGUGGCGAGCGUCCCAGGAAUCGCCUCAAUCGUCUCUAUCGCACUCAGGACACUCGCCGGAGAUGGCGAGCAGCGGACCCGAGCGUCGGCUGGACACUCACAGCAGUUCCAGCAGCAGUGGAGACAGGCAGGCCUCCGGACAGCACGCUACUUGCAGCCCGAUGAGCAUCGGCACCGUCGACUCGAGCGAGCAGCCCACAUCCAAGCGCGCUGCCGACUGGUUACGGAGCAUCAAACUUCGGCUUCAGUUCUCGACCAGCCUGAUCGUGGACGCACUGGCAAACACUGACACACUCCCAGCAUCCUCAAUUUGUUCUCAGGAGUUCGAGCGUGCGCUGGAGCAGUUCGAGCUACAGGUCGCAGAACUUGUAUUUAGCGCCCCAAGGCAGGCACCGGUGCCACACGCCUCGGCCAACGAGGCACAGACCGCCGCACCCGCGGCGGAGCGGCGGCCCAACGACCUCGCAGUGCUGCGGGUACAGGUGGAGGAGCAACGGGCUGCGCUGGAAGCCGUCAAACGCUCCCUCGCCCGCGUGGGGGAUGCGGCCGCUGUGGACGAGAGCAAGAUCCUGCUGAAGUCUGUCAGCGGCGAGCUGCUAGAGCGCAUCCGGGCGUCCGGGAACCUAGAGGCGGUUGCUAGCACGAGUGGGACGUCGGUGAGCGGGCGCUAUGUCCGUGCGUGGCAAUCGGCAGGGCGGGAGGUGUGGAACGUCGUGGUGAUGGUGACGCCCCAGGAACGCAGCGCAUUGAUCAGGGCCGCACGCCUGGUCCGCAGCACAGGUGUGGUGGUGGCGCCUUACCUGACGUCCGUAGGGUGUGCACUGCGCAAGGAGCAACUCGGAGCUUUCGAAGGGUUUCGAGCAGCAGGGCUGAAGCCCCGAUGGAAGGGAGGGGCGGGCAUUCGGUGCCGAGGCACCUAAUCACCUAGGCUGACGGGCUAGCAGUUGACGUAGUUGGCAUUGAGUAGUACAGUCGAACACGCCUAACUUCGUUGCGCAAAGUAAGUUUCCCGGCGUUAUAAGGGCCCACCGGCCCGGGCCACUGGUACUUACGGGGACAGGAUAGCACGCAUGCUCGUGCACACCACCUUGUAACCAACAACAACA